AGAGAUCGAUGUUGUACGCAAAUGAAUGGAACAUUGGGCGCUUUGGAUUAGGUGUGUGCGCGAGAAGACUUAUCACAUGAUUUUGUGCACAUCGACUGAUGAAACAGGGAAUCUUCUGUUGAAACAUGUCCAAGUUCGACAAGCUUCCCAAGGUGCGAGAUGCUGAGAAGGAGAGCCAGUAUGGCUACGUGCACGCCGUCUCUGGCCCCGUGGUUACGGCAGAGAAGAUGGCAGGCGCUGCCAUGUACGAGCUGGUGCGUGUGGGUCACAGCGAGCUGGUAGGAGAGAUCAUCCGAUUGGAAGGGGACUUUGCCACCAUCCAAGUCUACGAGGAAACCUCUGGUGUCAGUGUUGGCGACCCUGUACUGCGAACUGGGAAACCCCUCUCUGUUGAGAUCGGACCGGGAAUUCUGGGAUCAAUCUUUGACGGGAUCCAGAGACCGUUGCGAGAUAUCAACGAACUGACCCAGAGCAUCUACAUUCCUCGUGGGAUUAACGUGGCGGCUCUGAACCGCUCUCUGCAGUGGGAUUAUCAGGCAUAUCAGGGGAUUAGGGUGGGUAGUCACAUAACAGGAGGGGAUUUUUAUGGAAUCGUCCACGAGAACUCCCUCAUUGAACACCGACUGAUGCUCCCCCCGAAGUGUCGUGGAACGGUCAAGUGGAUGGCGCCCCCUGGUAACUACAAUAUCACGGAUGUGAUCUUAGAAACAGAGUUUGAUGGAGACGUGACGAAGCAUAGCAUGCUGCAAGUUUGGCCUGUUAGACAGAUGCGUCCCGUCUCAGAGAAACUUCCAGCCAACUACCCGCUACUGACUGGCCAGAGAGUUCUAGAUGCUUUAUUCCCAUGUGUGCAAGGCGGCACCACUGCCAUCCCCGGUGCUUUCGGCUGCGGCAAGACCGUCAUCUCCCAGUCGUUGUCCAAAUACUCCAACAGCGACGUCAUCGUCUACGUAGGAUGCGGGGAGCGUGGCAACGAGAUGUCUGAAGUACUCCGAGACUUUCCAGAGCUGACAGUUGAGAUUGGAGGCAAGACGGAGUCCAUCAUGAAGCGAACAACUCUAGUAGCCAACACCUCCAAUAUGCCAGUGGCUGCCAGAGAGGCCUCAAUCUACACAGGCAUCACCUUGGCCGAGUACUUCCGUGACAUGGGCUACAAUGUCUCCAUGAUGGCGGACUCCACCUCUCGAUGGGCCGAAGCUCUUAGAGAGAUCUCUGGCCGAUUGGCUGAAAUGCCUGCUGAUAGUGGCUAUCCAGCUUAUCUCGGGGCUCGUCUGGCGUCCUUCUACGAGAGAGCUGGCCGAGUCAAAUGCCUGGGCAACCCAAGCAGAGAGGGUAGUGUCAGCAUCGUAGGGGCUGUGUCUCCCCCCGGUGGUGACUUCUCCGACCCCGUAACCACGGCGACUCUAGGCAUCGUCCAGGUCUUCUGGGGUCUGGACAAGAAGCUAGCCCAGCGAAAGCACUUCCCCUCCAUCAACUGGCUCAUCAGCUACUCCAAGUACAUGAGAGUGCUAGACGACUUCUACGAUAAGAACUACACAGAGUUUGUGCCGCUCAGGACUAAGGUCAAGGAGAUUCUUCAGGAGGAGGAAGACCUGUCUGAGAUUGUGCAGCUUGUCGGGAAGGCAUCCCUGGCCGAGUCUGAUAAGAUCACGCUGGAGGUUGCCAAGCUUCUCAAGGAUGACUACCUCCAACAAAAUGGCUACACGCCUUACGACAGGUAUUGUCCGUUCUACAAGACGGUAGGCAUGCUGCAGAACAUCAUCUUGUUCUACGAUCUUGCCAGGCACGCAGUGGAGACCACCGCCCAGUCUGAGAACAAAAUCACCUGGGCCAUCAUCCGCGAGAACAUGGGCGACAUCAUGUACCAACUCAGUAGCAUGAAGUUUAAGGAUCCGGUCAAAGACGGUGAAGCCAAGAUCAAGGCAGACUUCAAUGAACUCGCCGAAAAUAUGCAGACUCAAUUCCGAAACCUAGAAGACUAACUCCCUUCUCUCCUAGGAACAAUAGCUAUAAAUAUAUCCUAAAGACAUGUUAAUAAUAAUAUAGUACUCUUAUGAGAUAUUGUGAUGUUAUAGCACUUUUAAUGCAAGGUACAGCAUUGAGUUGGAAAAACCUAAACUUAUGCUCCAAUGAUUAUGUAAACGAGUUACAUAAUCAAUGAAACGUAGGUUUUAACUAAAUAUUGAUUGGCAAAGAACAAUAGGCAAGUUGGCCAACAGAGAGAUUGCUGGCAUGUUAAUUUCCUUUCAUCCACUUUGCUGUAAAUUGGACCACAUUGACAUAGCAUUCCUUCCAAUUAACUGUCUAUAUCUCUGGAUGUAGGUGUCAGAAACAGACAAUGAAAAAAACAUUGUGUUGAGAAAUAAUCAUUCUUUAAAGGUAUAGUCCAUCAUUUGUAAUUUGUGCAUUUUGUUCGUUUGAAGCAACAAAAGUGCUCAAGAUCUAAAGAAGGGUGCUGAACAACUAACCUGAUGAAGUUUCAGCUCAGCUUCAGCUGUAUAUUUCGAGACAAACGACAUUCUAGGAUCUCGAUUUCAAAUCAAAAGUUGCUGAAUCAGGUUUUGAAUUGGGCUUGAAUUCAGCGUCCGAGACAUGUUCUCACUGAGCCGAUUGCAGCUACGCAAUGUCGUGCACUGGUCCGACGAAUUAUAGCAACCGCGCGCGUGUGAAUCGUGCUAAUGCUUGCGCGCGCUUCACCGAAUAACGAAACGAGCUUCUAAUUUCCUAAGGUGCAUCUUAAGAAGCACUGUUGGAAAGGCCUUCUUUUGUUGAUUUCUAUAAAAUGACAGCUUGCCAGAAAGAAUAAUUUCACAGGGAGUUAAGUCCCCUUACUCUCUUUCAAUCAAGUAUAACAUUCAACAAUAAUACGCCAGUUGCUUUUUGGAUAGCUGCAAAUGAUGGACUCUGGCUUUAAGUAUGGUAUAAGUUAUGAAACAAAAUAGGAGCUAGUAUUUUCAAUAUUUUUUUUCUCUUAAUGUAUAAUGUUUUUAUACACUGUAUCGUGAAAAUACAUGAAAACAAAUUCGGAACCAGGAACAAGGAGUGAACAAUUCUGUUUGCAUAGUUGUAAAUAGCAUUGUUUACAACAAAAUUAACAGGAAUAAUAAUUAGCAAUUCAAAAAGAACAAAUCGAAAGUCUGUACAGACUUUCAAUUUUUUGAGACCCCACAGAAUAAGGUCUCCAAUAUUUCCACAGAAAGCCUGAUAUUAACUCGCCAUUAAUUUACAUUCCAUCUUUAAAAGGCCUAUACUAUAGAUAAAUAUUCCACAGUAUUUUGACGACUGAUAUCUUCAAGUGCUAUAACAUUUCAAUAUUAACAGUACUGGA